AUGUUACAAAAAUUCAUCGAAAAAGAAGAAAAACUCAUCAAAGACAUUCGUGCAACUCGAGAAAUUAUCCCAAGAAACCCCUCACAAAGUCUCCGGAUCUACAGAAGUCACUCAUCGUUCACCGUAAAACUCGAAAUUCACGAUUCCGAUGAGAAUUGUUUGCAUUUUCUCGUUUUACAACUCGACGACGUCGGAAUUCGUUACAAAAUCAAACGUCAUUCAUUGCCUCAUGGAGUUCUAUUUAACUCUUUGAACACUUUAUCGGAGUACGCCGAAGAAUUUUUGCGUCACAUCGCCCGUUUGUCAUAUUUCAUGAACGGAUUUCGUCUCUUGGACCUUCAAGCAACUGUCGUCGAGCCUCAACACAAAAGUUUAAGCGACAAAUACCGGAUUUUCCUCUUGCGCGAACGAAUUUUCGUUAAAAUCUCCUUCGAACCUGCAACCGCAAGCAGUUACGAAGACUUGAAAGUGAAAUUUAUUGGACCGCAAGAACAAAUAAUCGACUUGGAGAAGAAUUUAAAGCAAGAAAACGCCGAUGGAUAUUCGAAUUUGUACCAAAAUCUGUUGAAAAUCCUUGAAGUUGAUCGAUUUCCUGAAAAUUUCCUUGCAAGCGAACACAAAAAUUGCGCGAUUUGCAUGGAAUACUUGGAUGAAAACGAUAAAACUCCCAUUUAUUGUUGCAAUAAUUUGAUGUGCGAUAUCAAUUUUCAUCACGAAUGCAUCCUGAAAUGGUGGUUAAAUCUGAAAACAUCGAAUAAUUUUCAUGAUGUCGUUAAAGGCGAAUGUCCGAAUUGUAAAACUUUUCUGGAAGUCAAUAAAAAUUGCGACAUUUAA